GGAGGCUGCGAGCCGGCGGGGCCGAGCCCACAACUUUGCAGCCUCGGGGAGGGCGAGAGCCGGCGUCCGAGGCUCCCCUUGUCCGCGACCAGAGCUUGGAAUGUAAUCGAGGAUGCUGGCCCUGAGGCUGCUCAACGUGGUGGCCCCCGCCUACUUCCUGUGCAUCUCCCUGGUGACCUUCGUGCUGCAGCUCUUCCUCUUCCUGCCUAGUAUGCGUGAGGACCCCUCGGCCGCCCGGCUCUUCUCACCUGCGCUGCUCCAUGGGGCAUUCUUCCUGUUCCUCUCAACCAACGCCCUGGGUAAUUAUGUCCUGGUCAUCCAGAACUCCCCAGACGACCUGGACGCCUGCCAGGGGACCGCAGCCAGGAGGGCCCUGUGCCCUCCGCCCAGCACCCACUUCUGCCGAGUGUGCGCCAGAGUCACCCUGAGGCACGACCAUCACUGUUUCUUCACCGGCAACUGCAUCGGUAGCAGGAACAUGCGCAACUUCAUCCUGUUCUGCCUCUACACCUCCCUGGCCUGCCUCUACUCCAUGGUGGCCGGCGUGGCCUACAUCUCCGCAGUCCUCUCCAUCUCCUUCGCCCACCCCCUGGCCUUCCUCACGCUCCUUCCCACCUCCAUCAGCCAGUUCUUCUCCGGAGCUGUCCUUGGUCCUGAAAUGUUCGUCAUCCUCAUGCUCUACCUCUGGUUUGCCAUCGGCCUGGCCUGCGCCGGCUUCUGCUGCCAUCAGCUGCUGUUGAUCCUCCGGGGGCAGACCCGCCACCAGGCGCGGAAGGGGGUGGCAGUGAGGGCCCGGCCUUGGCGCAAGAACUUACAGGAGGUCUUCGGAAAGAGGUGGCUCCUGGGCCUGCUGGUCCCCAUGUUCAAUGUUGGAAGUGAGAGCUCCAAGCAGCGGGACAAGUAGCGGGCACUCCCGUCAUCUCUCUCUGUGUGUGUAUUGACUCCUCGUGAACAUAAGACCACAACACCCUGUCUCCGCCCGUGGCCCACUACAACUUUGGACUGGUAAGGUCCUAGCAUCCACCCCUGGUCUGUAACACACAGAGAACAGCGUUGGCUGGUGGAUCAUGACGAGGAGGGAGAAUGGCCACCGAGGCACCGCUAGGUUCCCCAUGAGCCAGCCUGGUGGCUGCUAGCCGUGCAGAGCCUCUGCUUUUGUUUCUUCCCCCUUGGGGUGCCUGCUCUUCCCCUCUGCCUGGUUCACCCACGCUCCACCAAGUCUCAUGUCAUCACUGCUAUCUGCUAGAGCGUUUCCUCUCAGCCCCGUGUUAGGAGUGGGGAGUGGAUUCUUGCUGCUGGUAUGAAGCUCCCCAGGACCUGGAGUCUGGCAAAAACGUUUCAAAUUACCAUGUGUGAGAGGCACCCAAGUCAGCUCUGCCAGCUGCUAGUGAGGUUGGGAAGGGAGGGGUGUGUGUCCUCAUCCCCUCUGUGGAAUUUUUAACGGUGGAAGGAAAAAAGAACUCAGUAGCUUGCUGCCCAGCCCUCAAGUUGCAAGGCCCUUUCUCUGGGAGACAGCAGCCAAUGGCCUGGGAUUUCUAGCUGCUGUCCCCUCUCCACCCCGCCCCAGCUGGCUACCCAGUCCAAUCCAGGACCUGGCUGGAUGCUUCCUUUCCCUGGCACUCUUCCAGCCUUUCCCAUUGGUCCCCAGCCUCUGGGUCUUUGCUAGGUGCUGGGAAGGCAAGGAAGAAGAGAGAAGGAAAGGGAGAUACUGAUAAAUGAGAGUGGUAUGUGAUUGCACAACCAUAUAGAAGGGGGCAUGUGAUCGUGUGUGUGUGUGUGUGUGUGUGUGAGAGAGAGAGAGAGAGAGAGAGAAGUGGUGAGGAAUGUUGUUAUGAAAAUAAAGAAAGAAUGGGAAGAGAGAGGGUCACACAGAGAUUGGGUACUGGGAUAUUUGGGGACUGAGAAUGAAAGGGGCAAAUGGGUUCAUUUCUGAAGGACAUUCUAGCAGCUAAAGCUGUUCAGUGUUUGAAUAGUUGCCUGGGAAGGUAGUGAGUGCCUCACAACUGGAGGUAUUCCAGAAGGGGCUAGGCAGUCAUCUGGCAGGCAUGCUGUGGAAAGAAUUUCUGCACAGGGUCAGGGAAAAGAAGAUCCUUUCCCACCCCAAGAUGCCAGUGUCUUCUUCAUGAUUGCCAGGUCCAGAGGCAAGAUCUGCAGGGAUACCUGUGAAUUAUUUGCUUUCGUGGAGGAUGGGGCGGGCAUGGAGUGGUCUGAAAAUCAUGAUGCAAACUUUCAGGACCCUACCCGACCACCAGGGAGAUGGGACUACUAGGUAUUAAUGCUAGUUGAGGGGGUUGGCCUUUGAGAACAGGGAGAUGGAGCAGUGUCGGGGCAGUGGUGGGGAGAGCAAAGCUGGAAAAUCAUGUUCACCUCUGAGGAGUGAGAUUGGGAGAGUUGAGGCUCAGGAAUGGGGAGACCAGAAUAUAGGGGUGCAAUUGGGAGACCAGCCCUGACUGGCUCUGGAUGAGGGCACUGCUCUGCAUUCUGGGACCCAGAAGACCAGACUCCUGGGGCAUAUGAGGGAGUGGGGACAAUACAAGUGCCCCCUCCUGACUGGGUCCCAAGGCCAUUCUGCCAUCCAGUCUGCUGGAGCCCACACUCUGCAGUGUCCAGCUGGUGGCCACAGUGACCCCAACCAUUGCCACACGACACGGCACAACACCUCGAGUUCUUGAGCAGAGCUUGGGAGGACUUUAUCUUGGUUCUGCCUUCACGGCCCCUAGAGAACUAAUGUAGUAAUGGUGCCACCUGCUCAUCCUUCUCCCCCUUAUAUUAUUCAUUCAUUCAUCCUACAUGUAUUUACUGAGCACCAACUAUGUGCCAAGUCUCCACCAGGCACUGGUAUACAGUGGUGAACAAGAUGAAAUCCCUGCCACCAAGAGCAUCCUGUUGCUGCCCCCAUGUCCCCACCCCCUGAAAAAGUCACUUUGCCUUCUUGCUGGUCAGCAGGAUAGGUCAC